UCGCAACUGGUUUACAUUGGAGAGGAAAAUAUUUGAAAUCACAUUUCAAAAAAAGUCCAGACGUCCUAAAAAAGUGCUGUGGACUUGGUUCAGCCCUGGGGGUUACAGGAAGUUGUAGCUGCCAUGUUUAGCUGCUUUGUUGUAGAUUCCUUGUAGGUUUCCUGCAGAUUUUAGCUUAAGUGUUGCAAUGGAACCGAGCUGGAGUACGUUUUUAUUUCAACAGGCCAAUGAGGCUCUGCAUCACCAGCACCAAGUAGCCGGGAACAGCCUCUUGCCUUUGCUCAAUUCUGGAACGGAGCCACCUGAUCAGAAACCGGUGCUGCCCAUCCCCUUGGACCAGAAACCCCCCGUUAGUGCUGCAGAACUUCUUAAAGACAAUGUGGCCAGUGGGACUGGGGGUGGUGGUGGUGGUGGUGGGCCUCCGGUUGCUGUGGUCAAAAAGGAGCCUAAAUCAAAGACACCCUUCAUCUGUGGCUACUGCAACAAGGCUUUCCGAGACAGCUACCACCUGCGGCGGCACGAGUCUUGCCACACCGGCAUCAAGAUGGUCUCACGGCCUAAGAAGACACAAACGGCCCCCACCAUGGUGCCGCUCAUAUCCACUGUACCACGUGAGAAUAGCGGAAACCCUUCAUACAUUACUACUGUAGCUGGUAUUCUAACUACAGCCACCACGUCAACAUCCACAGGCACUAGCAUCAUGACCCCAAUGCAACACCAACAGCAGCAGAGCAUCCCUAAGAAGCCCCCCAAGCCAGUGAAAAAGAAUCAUGGCUGCGACAUGUGUGGUAAAGCCUUCAGAGAUGUGUAUCACCUCAACCGCCACAAGCUGUCGCACUCUGACGAGAAGCCGUUUGAGUGUCCCAUCUGCCAGCAGAGGUUCAAGAGGAAGGAUCGCAUGACAUACCAUGUCCGCUCCCAUGAUGGUGGAGUUCACAAGCCUUACAUCUGUUCUGUCUGUGGGAAGGGCUUCUCCAGGCCUGAUCACCUAAGCUGUCAUGUCAAGCAUGUCCAUUCCUCAGAGAGGCCAUUCAAGUGCCAAGUAACGGCCUGUACCUCCGCCUUCGCUACCAAAGACCGUCUGCGCUCCCACAUGAUCAGGCAUGAGGGCAAAGUGACCUGCAACAUCUGUGGCAAAAUGCUAAGCGCUGCCUACAUCACAAGUCACCUCAAGACACACGGCCAAGCCAGCUUCAGUAACCCAUGUAACAAUAAAGGCAUAAGUGACUGGCAGUGGAACCACUCAGGGCCACGAAAAGGUGAGUUGACGGUAGGAGAGAUUUUAAAUAACUCCUUCCAAGUCCUAAUUGACAACUCUCACAAAGAUGCCAACAGCGUGCACAACAACUCGGCCACCACAACGCCAGUCACCAACUCGGCAGCCAUCACUUCAGCUAUGAACCGUGGUGUCAAUGCCAGCAACCCUGUCACCAUUGCUGCUCAGAUGAACAUCGCCACCAGCACGGUCAACAUCACGUCACCGGUUAACCUGCAGCACCCUGUCACCAUUACCGGCCCUGUGAACCUAGCCUCUGUCAACAUCCCUACAACGGCACACAUGAAUAUCGCCCACCCAGUUGCUAUCACCACUCCCAUGCCUAUGAAUAUCACCGGGCCACUCAACAUUGCCAUGAGGCCCAUGGAGAGCAUGCCUUUUCUAUCCCAAGUUCUGCCUUCCUCCCCUCCGUGGUAGAGCUUUUUUAGCCCAUGUAACAGCAGAUGAUGUUUUAACUGCCUAAUAAUAGGUGAGCCUGUCAAAUCUUUGUAAAAUGGCUCUCUAAAUGGGUUGAUAGUGCAUUAAAUUUGAAGAGAGGUGAUAACUUCCAUAAUACAACCACAUAGACGGUAACCAAUGAUUGUACUUGAAGGAGUCAUUAUUAUGGCAUAAUUUGUCGUUUAUUUGUAUAUGUAGUUGUCAGAGCUGUCAUUGUGUCAUCCAAGUAUGAAACUCUGGUCAUAACAGUUACAUAACAGUUUAUGAUAUGGGGUGGGGUGAAGGAUUGAUUGACCUACAUUCCAUCUGCCAAUCCAGACCAUGAUACACCGUUAAAAGCUCUGAAAAAUCUAGCAAGUAGUCCUGAAGUUCAGAUCAUUUGGUCAAACUCUUACGCUCAGAUAGACAUUGGAUUAGUUACCAUUUAUCUGCCUGAAUUACCUGACUGGCGUCACAGGUGGCAGAGCAUUUUAGAUAACUUCUGUCACAUGUCAGCGUGACAUGACCCCAUGGGAUACAGAUAUUCUGUGUAAAUAAUGACCAUUUUAUACCAAAGAUUUUCUAAGUGUAGUGUUUCCCACUGAAAUAUAUAUUUUGAAAGACAAAUGGAAAACCUUUAAACAACAUUUAGACCAUUUAGACCAUCAAAAUUUUUGUUUUGAAACCCAGAGUAAUAAAAUUUGUGAGCCACCCACCCCUCAUUCACAGUGAGGGGAGGGGUGUGGGGUGUGGACCCUGCCUGACUGGCUGAUUUUACAGUAGGAGCUAACAUGUACUGGUGCUCACCAAGUUUAUGUUCAAAUGUUGCAUCUUCCUCAACACCCAUUGUUAUUGCAAUAAUAAUGCUACUUUUUGCAGCAUUUUAAUAUGCGAUAUACGAUAAUAUGUAUAUUAAUGUUAAAGUGCUUACAUUACUAGCAGUUAAUCAUGAGCAGGUUUCAUUACACUUUCAAACCAAAAGAGUAUUUUCUUCCACUUUGACAUGGUUUACAUUACUGGGCAGUUAUUACAUUUUCAGCUGCUACAUGUUCACCCAUAUUCUGUUUGUACUAUCCCUUGCUUCCCCCUUUUACAAACCUGGGCAGUUUGUUUUACUAUGACAGAUAGUUGAGGGUUAGCUGGCUCAAUGCAGCAGUGUUGGCAGUAAACACAUUAUAUGCUGCGGAGAGGCAAACUCUCUUAGACUCCUUUUUCUGAAAUUCUUUCAUUUCUGUUUAGCCUCUGAAGGACAGUGUCUUGUAAAAGUGACCAGUUGAAAAUAAUUUCCUCAACUGGGCAACUGACUUCAAACAUGGGUGAUGGCAUGAUACCUUACUAUACCUUAGGCAUUGUCAACAACUCCUUAAAUGGAAGUGAAUAUGCCAGAGUGAUUCUUAAAUGCUUCCUCUUGAGGCAGAUAUUGUUUCAUGUUAUUUUUUUCCUAUUGUUAUUUUAGUGGACUUAUCAGUAUUUAAUAGUUAAUGUAUUUUAAAGUUUAAGUACAAAAAAACAAAGCUUCCAUUUUGGGGGAGGAUGAGUGAUACUGUGGAUUUGACUGACGGUUCAGAGGCUGUUUCAAUCCAUCAACCAUCAACUCCCCCCCCCCCCCCCCAUGUCUGUAUUUUAAAAUUGCUGGAAACCAGUCACUCCUCACUGCUGGAUAUUCUACACAAGUUUAUCUGUGACAUUUGUUUGGAAAUUUUGUUCUAUGUAUUUAUAUCAGGACAUGAUAGUUGAAGGUACAGCUCAAAGGAAAUGUCUCGUACUGAAAGCAUGAUCCCUAGGUUUUGCCCUUAAAAUGGCAGUAUUAUCAAAAAUGAUUUUAAAUUUUGAUUACUGAAGACUUUUUAACUGUAGAGGUCAAAAGAGCGGCACAGUGUCUCGUUAGACUCUGUGCUACAAAAGCAGUCCCAAAGUUACCUAUUGUGGUAUGUUCAGUUGGGUAGAUGGUUUACUUUAGCAGGUGUAGGAUCCCAUCACUGUCAGUCAAACUCAGGAAGGUUACUGAGAAUAGUCUUUUAAAACCAUGUUCAACAAUUUACACACUGACCAUUUCUUUGUAAAUAUGAAACACUAUUUUAUUGCCUUUUCCCUGUGGGAGAGUGAACCUCUCCACUUACCACAGGCUAGCAAUGCAAGAACUAUAUCACCACUGAUGUGGCCGUCCAUCCUGGAGAGGACAGAGAAAUGAGCAGAAACUAAUGAAAGGAUAAGACUGGUGUUAGUUUCUUUUUAUCAUCAACAAAUCCCAUAAAACCCAAAAACCAACAAGAAAUCCUACUGACAAGAACCAUCUGUUAAACUACAGCUUGAUGUAGCUUAUGCUUCCAAUACUGUAAAACUUCAGUGCUGGCUGAAAAGCACCAUUAAAAUGGUUAACACUUAUUUGUUGAGAUGAAAGCUUAGUAUGGUUUAUUCCCCUCAGAUUGUCAAACUGCAAGAGCAGCAAAAACCCAGAUCAGCAAGUACAUGUCAUCUGCUCCACAUGGUGUUACUCUUCAGACUAAAGCCACAGAAUUCCUCUGUUUAUUAGUUUUUGAAAAGUGAUAUCAGGCUGUAGCUACACAGAUCAGACCUGUCAGCAGGAUAAACUCAUUGUUGGUCAGAGCUUCUUCAGGGAAAGUAUCAGUUAUCAUAAUGAGACAAAAUAAUUCCAGCCUUUUCCUUUUUAAUCUGGAGUUUCUCUGUAGAUCUCACUUGCAUAGCUCAUUGUUUAUUUGUAAUUUUUAUUUUAUUAGUAUUUUUAUUUUUUUAAUCCUGACAAUUUAUCUUUACUGGAAAAUUGAGGCUGUGAUCACAAAGGAGGUGUUGUUUUCCCACUCAGAGCUCAGGUGUACCCGAAAGAGCAAAAUGUGUGGGACGAGACUUCAUGUUGCCAAGCAACAUACAACAGGGGUUGCAGCCAUGUCCACUCAGUGACAAGUAAAUAUGUGACCUUUGCCACUACAAGUUACAGUCCCAUACCUCUCCCUGUGUGGGUAUUUGCAUAUAUGUUGCUGCAUAAAUGACUUUAUGCAACAGGUCUAUUUUCAUACUUGCUUUUCAAGAUCAGAUGGGUGUUUUUGGUUUGAGCAUCAUCAAGACUGUGGAACCACUGAAAAAGUUCAGUUCACAGGGCAGGUCAUCACAUUGCAAAAUAUCCAGCCCUGUUACAGUAUGACGGUUAAAGAUGAAUAUCAGACAACGUAUGAAUUCUUGCCUCUCUGACAUAAGAAAGGUCCUGAGAGUGGACACUUUGUUAGAGCUUAACGUCACAGCCGAGGAAGGUCUUCUAUUCACCUCUUUACUUCAACCCCCAGUCUGAUUCCUCUCACAGAAAUCUGUGUGUCCAUGUAGUCUCUGUGUAGUCUCUGCCAUGUAUCGUCCUGAUGGGGAUCACAGUCCUCUCUUUGAAGAUGUUUGUGGUGUCACACUUGGUUGUUCACAAAAUUGUUCAAUUUGUCUAAAGUGUUCAGGCCCCCCACCCCUGCUGUCACGCCUCCACACACCUCGCACAUCACUGUGAACAGUGGAUGUGAUUGUUGGAUUGACUGUGGAAAGUUAAACAUUUACCACAUUCUGACAUCACAAAGGGGUUUUCAGAUGCCGUUACACAAUCUGAUAAACACUUCAUUUGAAGCAAACUGGAGCUUUAAUUGAGAGUGAGCUGACCUGUGAAGACAGAGUGGGAUAAUGUUUUAUCUUCUGGUAGUGGAGAAAAGGGAGAAAAACUGCAGCAGAAAGUGAAUCAUAUCUUCCAGCAGCUCCACCUCGCGUCCCCAUGUGAGGGAAGUGAUGUGGCUGAAGUUGAGACUUGUUAAACUUGCACACAUUCACAACAAGUUUACAGGACACAUGAGGUCCAGAGUUCCAUUUGAAUAGAUUUGAGAUUUGCGCCUGUCACAACGAAACCCACAGACAGUGACUGAACAAAGGAGCAGACAUGUUAACAAGUCUCUUUUGUGAUCUCAGCCCCAACAGUUCCUGCACCAGGCUCGCAUACUGUCCCACAGUUACCUGUGUGUGUGUGUGUGUGUGUGUGUGUGUGUGUGUGUGUGUGUGUGUGUGUGUGUGUGUGAGAGAGUGUGUGUGUGUGUGUGUGUGUGUGUGAGAGUGUGAGAAAGAGAAUUAGUUUGCAGAUGUGAAGCCUGUUAGUAGUUAAGGGCCUUUUUUGGUGCAGGAACUCUGAAGCACUUGCAGCAAACUGUAGGAUGUGCACACUACAGAGGAGUGGUACUUAACAAGGGCAUUUCAGUUUGAUGGAACAAUGAGACAAUGAUUGGUGUUUGUUUUACAGCUCACCUGGCCACAUCUGCAUUUUGGUAGCCCAGAUGUUUGGCCCAUUAAUUUCAUUGUAUGCAUGUCAAGUGUGUCCGCCAAGGGAAAUGUUCUAAUGUGGAAUGGCAUUAUGAUCUUGGAAAUUGAAUCAUUUCCCAUUUUAUUUUAUUUUUAUUACAUUUUUUUGGUUUCCAAUGUUGCAUGUGGAUGACUGAGCUUGUCCAGAGUAGGUUUGAGUUCAACAACCAUUAUUAGAAGGCUAGUGACUUUUUAUGAAAACAAAACACUAAAAAAAAUUAGGAUGAAAGGAAGUGUGUGGUGUCAUUUGUCCUUCUCCAGUGGCCGUAAACAAGUGUGCCUGAAACACUUUGCAAGACUUUUCCACACGUUGAUGCUUCCUCCUCUAGAUGUUCUGUGUGAUGGAAGAGUUUUGUGAAGGAAGCCUUCAUCAGUUCAGACUGCCGAGGGCCCCACAGGUCUGGCAACCAAACUAUGUUGUGAUUAGCUUUUUGUUUUUGUUUUGUUUUUGUUUUUUAAACCUAAUGAUUGUGAAGUUUUAUUGUCCUUCAGGAACAACCUUGAAACAUGAAUUGAGAUCCUUAUUUAAGUCAAGGUCGUGUAAAUGUAUCAGUGACAUUUAACCAUGUGGUUUAAGUUUUUAAUUUGACUCCAACCUAAUGUGAAAACAAACCAUUUAUUUGGCCAAAUAAUGAUUUGCAAGAUGAUUUUUAUUUUUGGUUUUCUGUGAAGUUUGUAUGAUGAAUUUGGCAGAUGUGAAGGCAAAUGAAUGUAUAUCUUUGUACAAACCAUUUAGUUCAGAGGACAUGUUAGUUAUGACAGACACAUGCAAGAAAAAUAACCUUUUAUAAAUCUUUUUGUAUUAGAACAUUAACAAUGGUAAUUUUGUAUAUACGAAGGCUAGGCUUUCUGAUUAGCAGAAAGGUAAAACAUUCCUACAUUUUUUUUAAAUGUAUGUCCAUUGAGAAUAAUUAUGUAAACAUAUGCGCAAUGUUUUAUGUGCCUUUUAUUUGGGUUUGUCUAAAUAAAAGAAAACAAUAAAACAUGACUGUGGACUGUCCAUGCUGAGUGCCACAGAGGAAAGUCAGUACUGUCCAUCUCACCUGAAUCUCCGGACUGACCCACUCAUCCCCACCCACCCCUUCCCCCGCACUCAAGACACUGGCCUAGAUCAGGAGAGAUGCACUCUUCUCUGGUUUUAGUUGCUUUCCUAGCUUUAGUUGAGAUGUGUGGGAGGCUGAGCUGGUUGCUGAAGUCCCCGGUGUGUGUGUGUGUGUGUGGGUGUUUCUGAUCUCCAGGUUCCGCAGUGUCUUCAUUGGCUCACUGGCUCACAGUUGGCCUGCUCAUGAUGAAAGUGCCUCUGUGACUUUGCUUAGCGGAGAGGACUGUGGGGGAUUUUGUGCCAAAUCAUGGUCUGUAUGUGACGACAAAAACAUUUCGGUGUUUUUUCAUUCUUUCACUAUUAAACUUGGAAAAUGUUA